GUGCUCACCAUUGUUGCCCUCUCUGUCUUCAUGUACAUGUCCCGGAGGAAGAUCCAAAGGCAGAAGGCCAGGCUGGAUCAAGUGUAUAAAUGGCAUGAAGAGGAUGGAGGACCAGCUCCUGGGAGCUUUCAGAAUACAGGCUUUGACAUCUGUGAAGAAGAUUCCCUUUACAUGGAUUCCAUCUACAGUAAUUUCCAGCCCUCCUUAGAUCACAUUGACUCUGAAAAGAAGAUCCAGAUCCAAAGGCCUCAGGUGGUGAAGAAACCUCAAAGUGAAGAAAACCUGUAGGUGGAACCCUGAAUGGAGACAAGAAUAACACCAUUUGUAAAUAGUGCCAAGGAAAGAAGUGCCAGAUCCUCACUUAGUGAGUGGAAGAACACAGACCUGGGCUUUG